AUGCGCGCUGCAGCAUCGUUCCUGCGUGGGACCGAAGACAAGAAGCCCGUGAAGGAGCUGAAAUUGACCGCCUUGGGCGAGGCCAUUGGGAUCGUGGCCUCGGUGGCAGCGCGGUGCGAGAAGGAGGAGCUGGGAUCGAUCAAGGAGGUGAAGACGGACUACGCAGACGUGCAGACGACCAGUGGGGCAACCAGGGGUUGUGCUCAGCUGCAGGUAAAGCAAGCCUUGUCGAUUCGCUGGGCUGCGGCUUGCGAACAAGCCGGAGGUCAAGAGGUGGUGCUAGGUGCGGCAGCCGCCGGUGGCACCAGCGGCCUUUGCCUGGGAGCUUUGCUCUUCUCGGGCGAAUCCUCUGCCGCGGCGCAGCAGCGCCUGGCCGAUGCGAUCCAAGCGGCACAGCUGCGGAAUCGCACUGGGGUCAUCCGCUCCAAGCUCCGGCGAGGCUUCAGAAAGCGCCUCCUGAUGCUGUCAGCUGGGUCUGCCGCGGCGGCUGCCUACUUGUGCACGCUUCCGACUGCUAUGGAAGGUGGUUCUGGGUUCAUGGCUGAAGCCAGUGGUAUUGCGAGGCGCUUAGGACGUUCUGUCGGUGCCUUUGGGCAUACCAUGCUCCAAGCACCGCCUUCCACGCGCCGCAAACGCCGCAAGUGGCACAUCUGA